CUCUCGGCCCUGCCAGGCGCUGGGUGAGGCGGAAUCAUGGCAAGUCCAAGAACAAGGAAAGUCCUCAAGGAAGUCAGAGCACAAGAUGAGAACAAUGUCUGUUUUGAAUGUGGUGCAUUUAACCCCCAGUGGGUGAGUGUCACCUAUGGAAUUUGGAUCUGUCUGGAGUGCUCAGGAAAACACCGAGGCUUGGGAGUUCACCUCAGUUUUGUGCGUUCUGUAACCAUGGACAAGUGGAAGGAUAUUGAACUGGAGAAAAUGAAGGCUGGAGGUAACAGCAAAUUCCGACAGUUCUUGGAAUCUCAAGAUGAUUAUGAUCCAUGCUGGACAAUGCAAGAAAAGUACAACAGCAAAGCUGCAGCUCUGUUUAGAGACCAGGUAGCUACAAUAGCUGAAGGCAAGGAGUGGUCCAUUGAAACUUCUCCUGCCAGGAACUGGACCCCACCUCAGCCUAAAAUGUCUCUGUCUUCUGCUCACCGUUCUGCUGGACAAUCUCAGACUGCAGCUGCCUCUUCUGACAAGGCUUUUGAAGACUGGUUAAAUGAUGAUGUCAGCUCCUACCAAGGUGGCCAAGAGAAUCGCUAUGUGGGGUUUGGGAACACUGUAAACCCUCCCAAAAAAGAGGAUGACUUUCUGAAUAAUGCCAUGUCCUCAUUGUACUCGGGAUGGAGCAGUUUCACAACUGGAGCAAGCAAAAUUGCCUCAGCUGCUAAAGAGGGUGCUACCAGAUUUGGAUCUCAAGCAAGCCAAAAGUUUUGGGGCUACAAGCAGCAGCCAGAGCCGGCAUCAGAGUUAGGUCAGACAUUAAAUGAAAAUGUUCUCAAACCUGCACAGGAAAAGGUGAAAGAGGGGAAAAUAUUUGAGGAGGUCACCACGGGGGUAUCACAGUUGGCCAGCAAGGGAGUUGGGAGUAAAGGAUGGAGAGAUGUCACCACUUUCUUUUCAGGCAAACCAGAUGAUAAUUCUGACAGACCAGCUGAGGGAGACAGCUACCAGAACAGUGGAGGGGAGGGCUACCAGAACAAUGCUGUAGAUCAAAGCUUCUGGGAGACCUUUGGCAACUCAGACACACCCAAAGCUCACAAAUCUCCAAGCAGUGAGAGCUGGACCUAUGUGGACAAUUCCACAGAGAAGAAGAGCUCGGAUAGCUGGGACGUGUGGGGCUCAGGAACAGUCUCCAACAAGAACAGUAACAGCGACAGCUGGGAGAACUGGGAGACCAACUGGGAGAACACAGGAGGGGAGAGCAAGACCAGAAAACCUCCUAAGGCAACAAAAAAUGCAUGGGAUGACUUUUAGAACUCUGCUCUGCACAGCUGGGAAAGGGAGGCUGUGUUGGCUGAUGGAGGGGAGGAAGUUUUACACACACCUGGAGUAUCUUGGCUGACCUUUCUGAUCUGUUUGUGCUUCCCAUUCAUUCUCCUUCCUUCUACCCUGGUAUAGGGGAAAAAAAAGUAGCAUCUGAAUCUUUUCUUACAUAAAGGUGGCUCUCCCUUUUUAAGGAUAAUGAUAAUUAUAUUCUCCUUGCACUAUUGGAGCUGGCUUCAGCAACUUUCUUAACACAAAUGUUAAAAGAAAUCAGUGCAAGGACACUUCCAUGGCACAACCUUGCAUGUGUAGGUUAAUAGGUGUUCAUCCAGUCCUCAUCUAAUUUGAGAUUUGGGUGUUUAAU